AAAAAAAUGGUUUUGCCAAAAUGGCUUCCUGCUAAUGAGCUGCACCUGUCCACGUGGCUACUAUUCAAUUGCCUCCCAAUGACAAAGGGGCGGAGCCACUGCUGGACCAGUAUAAAGCCUGCGUCUGACUCUCCCUCUUUGUCCCUGUACUCUUGAGCAUUGCCAUGGAGCGUUCCAGGAGCCUGGUUGGUGUUUGGCUAGUGAUUGUUGGACUUUUGGUCGGCGAUGCAGUGGCCCAGCACUGGAUGGAGGCCCUGAACACCGACAACAAGCGUCCUGCGCCGCUACUUCCGAAGCAGACAGGAGUUCCUGCGCCUGCGCCUGCGCCUCAUGUUGACAAAUGCCAAGUGGAGCACAAUGAGAUGAUCCAGUGUGGCACCCGCGAUAUCACCAAUGAGCAAUGCGUAGCCAUCAACUGCUGCUACGAUGGACGCCGCUGCUAUUACGGCAAAGCGGUGACUGUGCAGUGUACAAGAGACGGCCAAUUUGUGGUGGUGGUGGCUCGUGACUCCACGAUGCCGCCGGUGGAUGUGACUGCAGUCAGCCUGAUGGAAAUGAACGAUCCUGCUUGCAACGCCGUCGACGCCACCGCCACAUUCGCCAUCUUUCAGUUUCCCAUGUCCAUGUGCGGCACAACGGUCAAGGAGGAAGACGGUUUUGUGGUAUACGAGAACCACAUGUCAUCGUCGUAUGAAGUGGGAAUCGGACCUCGAGGUUCCAUCACCCGGGACAGCCAUUUUGAGCUUCUAUUCCAGUGCAGAUAUUCAGGCACAGCUGUGGAAGCGCUGGUCGUGGAGGUCAACGCCCUCCCUCCGCCUGUGCCAGUGGCUGCCGGCGGACUUCUCAGGGUGGAGCUCAGACUGGGCAACGGGGAGUGUCUCUCAAAGGGUUGUGUCGAAGAGGAGGUGGCGUACAACUCUUUCUACGCCGCGGUAGAUUACCCCAUCACUAAAGUGCUCCAGCAACCUGUGUACGUUGAGGUCCGCAUCCUGGACAGGUCUGAUCCCAGCAUUGUUUUGAAUCUGGAGCGCUGCUGGGCCACCACCACUCCUAAUUCCAACAGCGUCCCUCAGUGGGAUCUUCUAGUAGAUGGGUGUCCCUACCACGAUGACCGCUACCAGACCAUUAUGGUGCCUGUGCACGACUCUAGAAUUCCUUUCCCGACACACUACAAGCGCUUUAUCUUAAAGAUGUUCUCCUUUGUGGCGCCAAACCACUACGCUCCUCAGAAGGACAGGGUUUUCAUCCACUGCAUGACAUCGGUGUGCUACCCAAGCAACAUGCACUCCUGUGACCAAAUGUGCUAUGGCAGACAUCAAUCUGCGGGAAAACCUCAGACUACUGCCCGUAAGGUUCUAAACCAGGAUGUGGUCUCUAGCAGACAGGUGAAUCUGACCCCAAUGAGGGGCUACCCUACUGGUCCUCUGAGAAAAUGGAAGAGAUGACCACUUACCCAAAGCCAGUCAUGACUUUUAAUAAAGGCUUGUUUAAAAG